GAAAAGAAAACCCAGACAUAAGAGCGGUCCAAAUCGUCGCAGAAGCGUACUGCAAUGUUCUGAAAGCUACAGAAAUUCCCGAAAUAUAAAACACAGAUUGAGAGUUCAUAGCCAUGAAAGCUUCGGCCUCAGCUCACUCAAAAACUCCUUUCAAGUUCAGGAUUCCGACUGCGGAGAAUUUAGUGCCCAUUCGUUUGGACAUCGAAAUCGACGGUCAGAGGUUCAAAGAUGCCUUCACUUGGAACCCUUCUGAUCCCGAUUCAGAGGUGGUGGUCUUUGCAAAGAGGACGGUGAAAGAUUUAAAGCUUCCCCCAGCAUUUAUGACACAAAUUGCACAAUCCAUUCAAUCGCAACUUACAGAGUUUCGAUCCUUUGAAGGUCAAGAUAUGUACACUGGCGAAAAGAUUAUUCCAAUAAAGCUUGAUCUUCGAGUGAACAAUACGCUAAUAAAGGACCAGUUUCUUUGGGACUUGAACAACUAUGAGAGUGACCCUGAAGAGUUCUCCAGAACACUCUGCAAAGAUUUGGGUAUUGAAGACCCUGAAGUAGGACCUGCAGUUGCAGUUGCGAUAAGAGAACAACUCUACGAGAUAGCAAUGCAGAAUGUAGCUUCAGCAAGAGAAAGCAGAAUGAGCAAGAAGGGCCGCCGGGGUUUUGAGCAUGUUCCCGCAAGUAAAGUUGGAGGUGCUUCUGUGGACUUGGUGAAGUUAUUUGGUCAAAGAUCAAGUGUUGUUCGAUGCACUAAAAUGCCACAGGAAAAGAAAGGACUGGGACAUGUACGAACCAAUUGUUGACCUUCUAUCUAAUGAAGAAGUAGAUGCCCUUGAAGCAAAAGAAGAGAGGACUGCUCGAUAAUAUAUUCUCGGGUGUGAUAGUCGAGUAUCGCUUGUAUCACUGAACAGCAUCAACUUUUCCAGCAGAGGUAUACUCAGCAUAGAUGAAGUUAUUGGGCAGUUGUUUUUGCUUUUUUAACGCAUCAUUAACAUUCUUUGACUUCCAUUUUAGGCUUUUGAAGUGAUUCUUCACUGUAUGCCCAUGAACAUUUGUACCUAAUCCGUGUCUAGCUGUAGUAAGUGGGGAUAUAGAUUCUGUUGGAAGCUCUUGAAAAGUUUUACUAGAGAGGAGGGGAUUGAACUCUGAUAAUUUAGGGUAGAACUUCUGAUAUGAGUUCUCAUUCUUAUUUGUUGCUUUGAUAGAACAGUCCCCCUUGGCCAGAACCAUGAAAAUAUUUGGUCUAAAUAAACGUUCUGUAUGAAAUUAUAAGUCUGGUCUCUAAAUGAGGCGGCAUUUAUCUAGUGUUGGUACUUUAAAAA